CGGAACAGGGUGUCAGCGUCUUUUCUGAGGCUGAAGCUGAAGCAGCUAGAUUUAAACCAAAAUUAUAGGUCAACAAUCGUACAUUUUAUCCUCAUAUGCAAUAAUAACCUCUUGAAUGUAUUGGAGAUGUCUGUGACUGACUGGUACGCGCAUAAGUCGCUGGAAAAUGGCGUGUUUUGGAUCCAGGAGCGUUUUUAUGAAUCGGGGAACAGGGCGAAUAUCUGGCUCAUACGUGGGUCUCAUCAGGACGUCGUCAUAGAUACCGGACUGGGUUUACGGAGUCUGCCUGAAUACAUCUACAGUAAAGGGCUGCUAGGGGACGAUCCCAAGCGCAAGAACCCCCUGUUAGCCAUCGGCACGCAUGUGCAUUUUGAUCAUUCGGGUGGGCUGCAUCAGUUUCAACAGGUGGGCGUGCACAAGGCGGAGGUGGAUGCUCUGGCUAACGGUGACAACUUUGAGACCGUGACAUGGUUAUCUGACCGCGAGAUUGUGGAGGAUCCCGCGCCUGGUUGGCGAGCAAGCCAGUAUAGAGUGACUGCUGUUACGCCAACCCAUAUAUUACAAGAAGGCGACGUUAUCAACCUUGGGGACCGGCAACUUUCUGUUCUCCACAUGCCGGGCCAUUCCAGAGGAAGCAUUUGUCUCCAUGACAAGGAGAACAAGAUGCUGUUCAGUGGAGACGUGGUCUAUGAUGGUUCCAUGAUUGAUUGGCUUCCCUACAGCAGGAUCAGCGACUACAUUCGUAGCUGCGAAAGGCUGGUUGAGAUGGUCGAUAAAGAUGAGAUUGACCUGGUCAUGCCUGGCCAUUUUAACACUUUCGGGAGCAAACGGCUACACCGGUUAGCCUCCAAUUACAUGGCUAGUGCCGGCACCUGCCACAGAGCCUCCACCUGCGUGGUGAAGUCUAUCGCCAGCCUGGCACUUCGAGCCUCCAACUCAAGAAGUGCCUGCUAAUAGUUAUGAUUCAGACUACUAUGCAACAACAUAUGUCAUUGCAGACCUCAACAUAAAGCAUAGUGAAAACACUGAGUAAUACAGUGUGCUAAUGAUAUAGGUACAGUUUAAUAACUGUAUCUGUGUUGAUCAUGGUUCAUAAUAAUGAGGGAAAUAUGCUGCAAAAUAUCCAUCAAAGCAUCAAAUAGAGCAGUCAUUGUCAUAUUUUUAAAGGUGCUGUGUGUAAUUUUCCCAGUAAUAGCCCAGCUUAAUAUGUCUAGACCUCUAUUAGACUACUUAAAAAACACUAAAAGUGUUAAUCACUGUGGAUACUUGGCAUUUUUAGCAGCCCGAUUCAUAGAUUUCACUUUAAUGCGUCAGUCACUAAAAAUCACUAAAAACAAUGGGACAUUCUAAAACGCUUACUGCUUACUGUAAAAUACUUGGUGCCUACUUAAAAAGUGAUUUGAAAGUGUUAAAAGGUCAAAUUCUGUGUUCCACUAGUUAAAGAUGUUAACUAUAUUCAGGCGAGCAGAUGAGCCCAUUGCAAAGCGUUAUGUGAUUUCAUGAUUUAGUGUAUUCUUAAAAAAAUUCUAUGGGAAACGCGUAAUGAGAAACUGCAAUGCAUUUAUAUUCGGAGUUCAUCUGCUAGCCUGUACAUAGUAUUCAUCACCAUAAGGCAUACACUGAAUGUUGUCUUUUAAUAUCACCGUCUUACUACAUUAGUUGCACAAACCUGGUAAAAAUGACUGGUGAGCAUUGUUUUCCCUCCAGGAGUACAUUCCUAUAAGUGUGUUAUGCCACAUGAAAACUAAGAAUCCAGCAGUGUUUCCCCUCCUCCCCUCACCCUAAACAAGUUAAACACAAGCUCCACCCCACACAGCCAAUUUCAUUGGUCAACUCAGUCACUCGUUUACCUGGCAAGAAAAGGUCAGACUUCAUGGAUUCAGUUCAGAAAAAUCAUAGAUGGAUCCGAUUGGGACAAACAGUAAAGCUAUACAUCAGGGUGUGCUACCAAUGAUAUCAACUUUAAUUUAAAGUGCUAGUUCACCCCAAAAUAAAAAUUCUGUCAGUAAUCACUCACCCUCAUG